GCAGGUCUGGCUGGCAGCUGAACUCGGCAGCAGUUACCCGCGCGAUCCCUCAGUGGCAGGGAGCCUCGCCGCACGCCGCAGGUGACUGGGUCUUGCGUGAGGCGACCUGCACACACACGCAUAUAAACGCACGCGAUACCCGUACUGGGCGAUAGCUGGGCGAGGCGCGAUAAGGGACGUUCUCUUAAGUUACGUUCGCCUUACCUAUCCCAUCCUGAGCUAAGACGGUCGUUGGUUUGUGACGCCCGCAGUGAGUCAUGCAGAGUGCCUGAUGGGACUCCUGUAGAAAAGUGUUACAACUCACCAUGGUGGGGGAGAAGCAGCGUGACCCAGUGUGAGGGGAGUGUGCUAGUGACCGCCUGGCCUUGCACGCUCAGGUGGAAAACAGUGUGGUGGCUUUCUGCGAACCUCACCACUGUGCUGCCCGGCGUCCAGGGGAGCCGGGAGGAGUGAGUGCCUGCUGGUGAAGUUUACUCGAGGCGGAGGGAGUGUUUGCACUAGUACCUGUCGUGGUGCUAACCGGCUUACGAGGCACGAUCUCUAAGCUCUCAGAGACGACUUUUACCUUGCAACCGAUACCAGGGUUUUUUUUCAUCCCCUGCUGUCGAAAAAGGAAAGAGAAAAGAAAAAGUGUUGACGUAGAAAAGUUCAAGUGAUGUGUACGAGUAUGUGACCUUUGCAGGUAGUGUUCGUUACCUGCAGGGACGUGAGUCCUGGAGGAGGGCCAAGCAACGGCCUCACCUGCCACAGAGUGUAGAGGCCUAACAACAGUUUUUUAAUUCUUAAACAAUUUUCCAUCAACCUUUCAACUUUUUUCCCCUUUAUUGCGGUCACUUUACCUCCCUGUGUAGCCCGCUGCCCCGACAUUCUUAGCAUGUGUCCUCCUGGAGGAUUCUCGCUCUUGAGACCAGAGGCUCAAGUACCAGUGCCUGCAGGCCACCGUUCACGCGCCGGGGCGUUGUGGUGAUCUGGUUGAGGCUCCAUAGUGGCGCUCUCGCUAAUAAUGAAUCUCAUAUUGGAUCGAGUUCUUAUACUUUUAUAGAAAUUAAGCAUUAGUAUUCUAGCAAUUUUUGUGAUUUUGGACCAUUAAAAAAACAAUAUAUUGCAAUUACGAAAACGAAAUAGUACAGUUUCGUUCAUAAAAAUCGUUGAGCAAAACUUGACCCGUGUAAAAUUGCUGAUCGCAUAAAACCGCUGCAUAAAAAGCAAAUUCUUGGUGAAGAUAGCAAUGGCGCUUUAUCAAAAGCCCGUCAUCUGAGGAGGCGGAAAACCCGUCACCCGCCACCUGCAGGGCCCAAGACAGGGCGGAGGAACCAUGACAAGAGGCGGCAUUAGAGUGGAGGGAGUCGAGAGGAGCUGGCAGCUUCUUGGAUCUGUGUUGACACUUAUGCUUCUCUUGGUCGCCUCCACACGAGGGGAAGAAACUCCACUUGGAAUUUCGGUGGUGAGCGUAGUGGAGACAUUGGUGGAUCGCACAGUGGCUCUCCCCUGCAAGGCAAUACUCCACCCUCCACACGACGACACGCCCAACCUGCUACUCUUCUACCGUCACCCCUCCAACAUCCCCUUCUUCAGUUACGACGCACGCAAUGGGGACUUCUGGCGUGCCGGGACACCUAAGACGAGGGAUGCGAAGUAUGAGGAUCGCGUCUCUCUUAACCUGACAGAGCCGAGACAAGUCCACCUCAACCUGCAACGAGUCUCCCUCAAGGACGGCGGGGAUUUCACAUGCAGGGUGGACUUCUUAAGCUCCCCGUCCCUCACCUCUGUGGUCAAGCUGCACGUGUAUGCCAACCCUAGCUCGGGGCCGACCAUCAGAGUGGAUGGCGUUGGACGGGGUCUGCCUGUGCGUACCCAUUCUGACGUGGGUCCUUUCUAUGAAGGGGAGACGCUCAACCUGUCCUGCUCCGUCACUGACGGCUUCCCCGCCCCCGUGGUGACGUGGUGGCACGGCCAGAAGCUGCUGGACAACACGAGUCACGUCCUCAACGACACACGCUCGCCGCUGCAGACCAUUAACGAGCUGGUGUUGGGCCCGCUCACCCGCAGCCUGGUGGCGAAACCCUUUACCUGCCGCUCCAAGAACAAUCCUCUCUCGCCGCCACUGGAUCGCAGCGUGCACGUCAAGAUCCACAUGGCGCCGCAGAGUGUGGAGCUGAUGCAGGCUGCCACAGUGAGGGCCGGCCUUGAAGAGCGGCUAGAGUGUCGAGCGAAGGGCGCCUAUCCUGAGGCCAACAUUACGUGGACACUAGACGGCAAGAAACUCAACUUUACCGCCAAAGAGACGCGGCAGAUCGGGCAGGACACUGUAUCCUGGGUGAGGUUCAUUGCCUCCCCUCCAGACAACAGGGGCGUGUUGACCUGCACCGCCUCCUCCUCUACUCUGCCCGACCCUCCAGUCUCCACCAACGCCACUCUCAACGUGACGCACGCCCCAAAGGUCAGGCUGCAGCUGGGGUCAUCGCUGCGCCCUGAUCACAUAAGGCAAGGGGACGACGUGUACUUCGACUGCCUCAUUGUUUCCAACCCGCCCUUCCAGCGCAUCUCUUGGUACAAGGAGGAGACGGAGGUGCAUCACAACAAGCCCGCAGGAGUGCUGGUCGGGGGCACCAACCUCGUCCUGCAGAGUGUACAGAGGCCCGACGCAGGCACCUACACCUGCAGAGCGACUAAUGCUGUAGGCACCUCCCGCAGCAACUCCCUCAGCCUAAGCAUACAGUACGUGCCCAUGUGUGCCCAGAAUCGCGUGACAGUAACGGCUGUGGAGGGCGAGAUGGUGACGUUACAAUGUGCCGUGGACGCCUACCCAGCUAACGUCACCUUUCACUGGCUCUUCAACAACACAGUGGACUCAACGCGCUUCAGAGAGACGGAGUACACGAAGGAGGGCACCGUGUCCAGGCUUCGCUACGUGGCCUACUCAGCGCGGGACUACGGCACCGUCUUCUGCUCCGCCUCCAACGUGGUGGGGCGGCAGGAGGACCCGUGCGCCUUCGUCCUUCAGCCAGCAGGAGCCCCAGACAGCGUAAGGGACUGCGUGCUCACUAACCAAUCCGCUGGCUCCCUACACAUCACCUGCAAGGCCGGGGCGGACGGUGGCCUCACGCAGACCUUCAGGGCGGAGGUGUACGCCGGAGGGUCCAGCAAGACAGUGCGGGUGUUGGAGGGCAUGUCACCAGUGUUCACUCUCGAAGGUCUGGCUCCGGGCGGCGACUACGUGGUCACCUUAACUGCCUUCAAUCGCAAGGGCACCUCCCCACCCGUCUCCCUAGAGGCCUUCACGCUCAAGGUUGCCGAGAAUAGAAUGAUCUCCUCCUCGCCCGCCGUGGCAGUCUCCGGGGUGUCCAGCAGCCAACCGGAGCCCGAGGAGGUGGAGGGCGGCGCCGUAUCUCCGCUCCUGGGCGUUUUCUUGGGCGUGGUGGGGGCGCUGCUGCUCCUUGCCGCCGCCGCCAUCUUCAUCACGCGGCGACACUGCUCCCGUAACCCUGGCAGGACUCCAGACCUUGUGGCGGGCCAAGAGCUGGAGGUGAAGGGCGGCGCGGGCGAGGCCACCACGACCAAGGGCGAGGUGGUGGAGAAUCCGGACCUGACGGAAGCAGACCCUUUCUUGGCCACAUCUGAGGGCAGCACAGGGACGGCGUCCACCCCGGCCAGUGCUGGGGCAGGGGCGGCUGUGUUCACCAUUCCCGCCCAUAUCCCUCCCCCGCCACAGUACUGCUCAGCUUCCUGUAACGACUUAUCGCCCACCCAGCACGCUCUGCAGCACUCAGCAGGCCCCCAGCACCAUGUCCCCUGCACUAUGGAUAGUCAGCACACGGUUUCCCGCCCCACGCCCACCACUAAGCACCCAAUGCACCAGACUCAAGGGCCUCAGCAGACUCUUCAACGCUCCUCUCCCUUGCAGCACUGCCUUCAGCGCUCCUCCUCCCUGGAACAGUGUGCGGGACAAACCUGCGUGGUGCGCGGCUCACCCCCACUGCGGCCCCAGCAGCAGCACCACGGCACUCCGGCGGCCAUUUCCCUGCAGCAUCCCGCAGCACGCCCACAGAUAAUCUACACCACGGGCACGGACGUGGCCCUACAGGGGCCGCACCACCCGGCCGCCAUCCACUACGUACAGCCUCACGCGGGCCUGGUGGGAGACACCCAGCUGCCGGUAGGACACCACAUGGGCCUGGGCUUGGUGGCCAGUCACUUAGGAGGUGCGCCAUCCCAGCAGAGAACCCUAGUGAGCCAAGGGAGUAUAGAACACCCUCCGGAACCCACGGUAGCGCACUCCAGCCCCAAGAAUAGGGCCAAGCACGUGACUUGGACAGGCGGACCCACGCACGGCGAAGAGAGUGCUGUGUAGCACGUGUAGCCUCGCAGGGUGCGGCGCCGUGACCUUCGCGUGCUCUGUCUCACUUCAGGAAAUCAGGUUCAAUUCAAUAUUAGCGACGCGUGUCAGAAAGGCACGCGAGACAGAACAUAUAUUUUCUCUCUUCCUUCUUGCUCUCGUUGCGGAAACGGACAACUAUUACACCUCCAUACAAUACUUAUCAUACUUACUACUACACUCAUACACUUAUUAGGAAUACACUACACCACUAAACUUAUGAUUACACUAGUAGACUUGGGACUACUAAAACUUAGUGUACACACACACACACACACACACACACACACACACACACACACACACACACACACACACACACACACACACACACACACAUACACACACACGUAGUUCAUUCAUUCUUUGAUAUUUGCACAAUCAGCACUUUUUAAAGAGAGAGAGAGAGAGAGAGAGAGAGAGAGAGAGAGAGAGAGAGAGAGAGAGAGAGAGAGAGAGAGAGAGAGAGAGAGAGAGAGAGAGAGGAACAAACCAUUUUACUUUAUACAAUACAAUUUAGACUGUUAGUUGCCACAGAUAAGGGGCAGAACCAUUAUUACUAUUAUACAUACAGACGGUGACUACAUAGGACGUAAGGCAAACAAAGCAACAGUAAGACUCCGUA